GUAAAUAAAACCCAAAAAACGGUCUCUUUGGUUAGUUGUAAGAAACCUCGUACCAGUUCCGCCGCGGAAUGGGAAGUAACGGUCUCUCCGCCGCCUUUAACUCACUCAAGUCCUCCAAUCUCAUCUCAUGGAGAUCGACCGGUACGCUUCAACAAACCCUGGCGGGAUGCAUAGAGCUGACGGGAAAAACACUUCACUCGGGGAAGGUUUCGAUGGUCAAGAUAUGGCCGGGAUUCGCCGGGGAAGGAAGGUACUUUGAGUUUCAAUCGAAAUUAAUUCCUGCAUGCAUUGAUUUUGCUCAAGAAUCGCCGCUGUGCGCCACGCUUUGCAAAGACGGAUACAAGAUUCGGACCGUCGAGCAUUUGCUUUCUGCGUUGGAAGCUAAAGGCAUUGAUAAUUGUAGAAUUCAGAUUCAAAGUUUCGGUUCUGAGGAUCCUGAGGUCGAGGUUCCUAUUUUUGAUGGGUCAGCAAGUGCAUGGGUAGAGGCAAUAGAUCAAGUUGGCAGAAAGGAGGCCUUGGAUAGGUGUGGCAACAAUGCUGAGAAACUGGCACCAUAUUUGAAUGAACCAUUGCAUGUUUCAAGGAAUGAUUCUUUUAUGGUUGCAUUCCCUUCUCCAAAGGUUCGCAUAAGUUAUGGAAUUGACUUUCCGAAGGUGCCUGCAAUUGGAUGCCAAUGGUUUUCUUCAGCUGCUUUUGGUGACUCCUACAAAAAGCAUAUAGCUUCUUCAAGAACUUUCUGUAUCUAUGAGGAGGUGGAGCAUAUGUGCAGUGCAGGACUCAUUAAAGGGGGCUCACUAGACAAUGCAAUCGUGUGUAGUGCCAGUAAAGGAUGGUUGAACCCACCUCUUCGUUUCCAUGAUGAACCUUGUCGCCAUAAGGUCUUGGAUCUUAUAGGUGACCUUUCCCUUUUUGCAUUGCCUGGUAGUCAAGGAUUUCCCGUGGCACACGUAGUGGCUUUCAAGGGAAAUCUGUGAUCUGUGGAUAUGGACUUGAGUUUUAUGCCAUGGGUUUUGAUGUUGGAAUCUGGUGCACCAAAUUUAUUGUUGUGUGUUUCCUGGAAGGUUUAAGGAUGUGCAUGCUUGCAUUUUUGCUUCUAUCUUGUACCUUCAUUUGAAGAUUUCCAUAUGUUCUGAUUAGAGAAGAAAAAUGCAGAAAAUUCUUUGGCCAAUUUCAUUUUUUUUGUUUAUAUAAUUUGGAAUUUAACAUAUGGUCUAGUUUUUACUAAUGAGUCAGUGCAGGCUAUAAGUUCUAAGCAAGUUUUUGUUUCUUUUUUUUUUUUUUUUUCCAUUUGUUUGCUCUUUACGCUCAUUGUACCUAGGUAUGCAGCAAGGACAGCAUUGACCUCUCAUGAUCAUGUACCUAGUUAUAAUUCAUUCUGUACUUCUGUUUCAUACUCUAUGAGCUAAACUUUUAGUUUCACAGGAAAGUGGAUAUGAGACCCAGAACUGAUUUUAAAGUCUCUUCCUUUUAAUUAUAUGAAGAAAAUAAUGAAAACUGACCUGACAUUUUGUUUCUCUUUCCAUUCCAACAAUGGUGUAUGUGUUUAUUAAAGAAACAAAAGACAUGGUGAAGAUAUGUAUUCCUGAACUUCAGAACUUCCAAGUCAUAAUUCCAAUAAUGCUUGAUUUCAUUAUUCCUUUAUCCUAGUUAGUCCAUUCCAGUUGUAUAAGUCUACAUCCUCUAUUGGCCCUCAUCUCUCUGUUUAAAUGCAAAAGCAAGGUUCAUGUUGCCACCCUCUCCACCUGCACCUGCUCUCACCUCAAGUCACCACCAUGCUUUAUCAUAUUGGUGAAGUGUGUUCCUUUACUUCCUCAUCUUUCACAUCACUUGAUUGGUACAUCAAAGAAUCUGUGUCACGGUGGCACUUGAGUGUUGAUUUGGUAGAUCAUGAAAAUUACUUCCAUGCUUGAUCAUAGUAGGCUUUUUCUCUUCCUUCCAUUUUAGUUGAAUGAACAUUGACCAUAAUCUAGUAUACAUGUGAAGCACUUAGUUUGGGUUUAAGGAGGAAGAGUGGCGGUGGUAAUUUUUCUGUGAAAUAUUGGCAGCAAUAAUUUUGGCCUCAAGGCAUGCCAACUGCAGACCUUCUCUUCUUUGACAUCUGAUUAGCUGAGGCAGUGUGGAUGGUGCUUUUAUCCUUGAAAAUUUUCCUCUAUUUUUCAUAACAAGCAGCUGCACUGAGAUUGGGAUAUGUUUUCAUCUGUAUAGCUGUAGACUGCUAGCAGGGAAAUGAGAUAGCAGUCAUGAAUUGAUUUUGGCAUUCUCUUGUUACAACUGGAAACAUGUGGCUUGAAGUCUGAACUAACUGCAGAGUUAUGUAGAGAUAGAUUCAGCGAAUUGCACAUUUUCUGAUACUCUUUUGCUUUGUUGCUUGUGAUUGAUUUCUUAGACAUUAUUCAUAUUUCUUUCCAUCUAAUAUCUUGGAAGGUUUUGACCAAAAAUAAAUCCUACUCAAAAUGUUUGGUAGUCAGUGGAAUCUUCAUUUAUUCAUGGUGCAACAUUUCUGUUUUAAAGUGAUAGUUUAUAAUCAUCCCGAGUUUACACUGGUGCUAGUGUGUUAGCCUCAUUACUUUGCUGGUAGUUAGUAUAAUAUAUUUGUACCUUGGAUGUGAUGGUUUUGGUAUCAUCAGCACUAAAAUUUUCCUUUUUGUCAGUAAAUUUAAACCAUUCAAUUGACUUUGCAACUUUGAA